UCUACAUACCGCUGCUCAUUUACCAACACAGUUUCUUUUUGCCAGACCCGGAAGCGUUUUGCGCGAAACGAUACCCAUACCGUAUCUGUAUUUGGCUGCCUCUUGCAUAUUUGUCGGCGGUUUAAAAUAGCUGCAAACGAGGGAGCGCCCACUGCGCGGUAGUGAAUUCGAACUGAAUUAGCGUCUUUGCACAGACAGCACUGUGCGAUAAAGUCUGCAUAGACCAGAGGAACGCAAAGAAGAGUACUCUCAUCCGGCCGGUAUAUGCUGCGGUACACACAAAAGGCAGCCGUGGCCCUCAGGCGAAGGGCACAACAGCGGUGGCCACUUCAGUGCAUAUUCCAGCAGCCCGCGUAUGCAUGUCGGAUCAGAUCGGCUCCACGGCACAGCUUUUCGACAUGUUCGCGAGUAGAUCAGCAUAAGGAUGCACGAGAGAGCAGAAGGAGCGGGGAAUUGGAGAAGCUGCUUUUGCGUGGCGACAGCCCGUUUCUGACAAAGUUCUACCAGCUCCUGCCGCCCACCCAGCAGCACGCAUUGCGGCGGUUCAGCGACGUGCUUCAACGCCAGACAUCAACUGGCCAGCACAUAUACUCCCUGUAUCAGACAUUGCGCAGCCAGAACCUGCAUCGGUAUCUGACAGUCCGCGCCAUGCAGCGGGUGCUGUCUAGUGUUGUUAAUGACCGAUCGAUUAGAAGCGUGCGGUCGGAGGACCUGGUAUCAGCGAUUGUACUAGAGCUGCUUGGCAACUAUUCAGACCUUGGUUUCACACCCAGCAUCGACGACUAUGCGUGUUUGGUUCGGGCGCUGGCGCAGGAGGCUGGAAGAGAGAAGGAUGCAUUGAAGCUGCUGGACGAUCUGGUCGAUACUUCAGACAUUGCACCGUUCUUGGCGUCGGUGCGAAAACGGCGCGGAAAAUAUCUGCUGUCCACCGACGUUAUUCCGUCAGAGGCCGAGAUUGAGCGCAUCGAGCAAUCGCUUUUGAACGAACAGCAGAAACGCGAGACGAACGCCAGAGACGCGAGUGGAGAGAAAAGUAUCGAGAGCGACAUCCUCAAGGCAGAGCAGGCGAAUAUCGAGAAUCUGAAGAGCGGCGGCGAACUUGACCGCGUGCAGCUGCUGGUCAUUGAGGAGCGGCAGAAGCGGCGACAGCGGCAGGAAGCUGGCAAGGAGCGGAAGCCACUUCCUGUCUCCCGGACACUGUAUCAUAUGGCGAUGCUAGGGUUUGCGCAGAUAUACCACGUUCGUGGAGUAAUGGAGGUACUGAGCCGGAUGCUCGAGACGUCGACGCAGGUGCCGUACCGGGUUGCCCGCCACCUGAUGCCCAACAAGCAGACCUGGGAAAUCGUCAGCGAAGUGCUGACACGGCAGCGCGACAGGCCGUACUUUGUCAAAACAUGGAUCGAGUUUCUGAGUCGCGGCGCACGGCCGCCGACCACACUGACACGCGACCUUGUGCGAUUGCUAGUGCGCCAGGCGUGUGUUGAGCAGGCGGUCUGGGUGAUGCGCAUUAGCCGGUGCUUGCCGGACCGCGGCGAGGACAUGCCAAAAGCGCCAUAUUCGGCCGAUCAUAUUCCCUGGGAACUAAAGGUGCAGAUCAUGUAUGUAGCAUCCGCCCUGGAGGCUGCCACCUCUUUCGACACCAUGUCUCUGUCGCGUGAAGAUGCGAUGCGGCAAGGAAUGGCUGCAGCGCAGCUCCCACUACGGGCAAAGCCCGAUCCGGUCGUCUACGCACAUCUGAUCGGCGGUGCUGUGCGGCUCAAGAACGAGAAGCUCUCCGAGCACCUGUUCAAGGAGAUGGUCGAUGAGGGCGUGGUGCCUGAGGAUACCACAUACGGGCAGCUGGCGAAGCUCUAUGCCGAAAACGGGCAGAUCCAGCGCGUGUUUUUGAUUGCCCGUGACCUGCUUGUUCGCCGCCAUGCAAUGGUGCUCAGUCAGAACCAGGACCAUGGGGUGCACAUGUCGUCAUCAGCAAAGGUCAGAUACCGGGAGAAUAUCCGCAAGCAGACAAACGGGCUGCAGGCUGAUAUCGAGUGCAUUGCACCGCUGUUGCAGUACUACAUACGUGGGGGCCGGGAGUCUGAGGCACUGAUGUUGCUCCGCAGCUGGGAUCGUUCAUAUGGCGACAGGGUCCCAGUGGAGAAGCUGGCAAGGGCGCUGCUGCAGGUGUACUCGGAGCCAAGUGAUUCGGCAACAAUUGAUGCAAUGGUGAAGCGGCUAAUGGAUAGGCUUACAGGCCACAAGGAGGCCGGAGAAGCAGAAUCGGAGGCACACAUUCCGAGCAGCGAGACAGUUGGUGAAACGCAGGUGGCCUACGGACAGGACUUCCCUGGAACACUGGAGACAUAUGCGCUGAUGCUCAAGACACACAUCAAGGCGAAGAAUCUGCCAGGUGUGAUACGGGUGAUGAGGGAGAUGGCGAGCAAGGGCAUUGUGCCGCAAUACCCGAUGCUUGAGCAGAUAAUGCAGGCGACACUGCGCGAGCAAGCUCUUGAUCUGUUCGACACCAUUCACGCGUACGUGCGAGAGACCUUGCAGCAGCCGCUGUCAUUGCCUCUGUACGCCCAGUGGAUGCGCACGCUGGUCAAUCACGGCGACGUAGUAGGUGUGCAAGCUGCAUUUGACGAGCUGCUGGAGAUGGGCCAGUUCCCAACGCAGAAGCAUUACACCCUGCUGGUGCAGGCGUACGCGUACAAUGGCUGGGUGGACCGCGCAGUGUCAAUCAUCGACAACCUGCGCAAGCCGCAUAGCAUGGUGCGGCCCGGGCUCAACCUCAACAUUGCCAUUAUCGAGGCACAUGUCGCUGGCGGCAAUCUGGAGCAGGCGCAGGCUGAGCUGCGCUAUCUGCUCGACAACACGCUUCUGCCAACGAGCAAGAUCCCAGCACGGCCGUUCAACUACUUGAUCAUCGGCCACCUGCACCAUGGCGACGGGCGCAGGGCAAUGCACAUGUACGAGUCGAUGCUGCGUCUGGGUGUCAAGCCUGAUGUUUAUACAUUUGCGAUCCUGAUGCACUCGUAUGCGCUGUCCAAGGACGUUGACAACUGCACGCGCGUGUUCAACGAGAUGAUACGUGUUGGAAUCGCACCCGAUCUCGUAAUCUACACCAUCCUGAUCUGCGCCUUUGGGGUGGCUAGACGUGUGGGCAGCGCCGAGCUUGUGUUCAACCAAGUCGCGCAGGAGCAGGAAUGGGCGCAGAAGCAGCGUGAGUCGCUGGCUGGGCGCACAGCCAAUGGCGAGGACCCGCUGGAAAUUUACACUGAGGACCCAGGCCGGUCCGACUGGCCCGAGCUGCUCGAUAUGGCGGAGACAGGGGCAGACCAGCGCAUGGAGGAGAUGCGCUCGCGCAGCUUCUACAACCUGGACCCCAUCAUCUACAUUGCGAUGCUGAAAGUGUACUGUCGCGGACACCGGCCGCUGCGCGCGCUGGCGACCUGGGACCGGUUCAUCCAGAACUUCCCCAUCGCACGGUGGAACCCGCGUCGCGGUGGCAUUCUGUCAAAGUCUUUGAGCUACACAGCACAGUUCCAUCAGCCCGCCUGGACGUUGCUGCUGCGCACAGCGGGCAAAUCGAUUGGCGCCCAGCGCGCUUUGAAGAAGAGGCAGACGCUAGUGCAGUAUUUCUUCGAGCCCCUGUACCCGGAGCAGAUGAAGGCUGUGCUUGACGAGCGCCACCGGAUGAAGCUGUAUCAGCCAGGCGUCUACGAUGUGGAUACUGGACCGGCUAAUGUGCGCAAGUAUAUGGCGAACAUGGCUUAUCGGGCGCAGAUUGUCAGUAGCAUCGAGAACGAGCUGGACCAGCUCAUCAGCCACGCAUACAAGUUCUUCGUGAAGCACCGGUAUACCGUCCCCCAUGUUGCAUUCAAUCCAGUAGAGGCAUUCACGGAUUUUGGCUAUUGGCUGCCCGAGGGAGUCGACAAGACCGAGGUUGUAGAGGCAGCGGUAGCCCUGGAUAGCAAGUCUGAGGCUGAACGGCCGGUAGGUGAGGCCGAGAAACAGCCAGAAAAUAAGCCAGAAUCCGCAAUUGACCAUGAUAGCAGUACGCAGGAGACGGCGCAGAGCAUUGCAGACAUUAUCAUGCGGCAAUGGAACCAUCUCGAGACGGCUGGCUUCAACUUCAACAACAUCCAUAUGUGCGAGUAUCUUUCGUGCAUGCUGCUUGGUCGCAAGUACGCUGAGCUCACUCGCAUCCUGUCUCUGGUAGAGCCUGCCGGUCCUCCUGCCGGUCCCUCGACAGCAUAUCGGUACCGGAGCCUCGAGCUUCCCUGGUACAUGACCAACCUGCUUCUGCGGCAAAUCGACGUUGUGCGCAAGCUCCUAAUGGCCGAGCGCGACCGCCGCAUCGCCCUUGACUGCCUGCUAAACAUCGACAGCGAAUUAGGCGCCGAGCUCUGCACUUUUUCUGCGUAUCCUCUGGCCGAGCAAGCGCGGACUGACGACGAGCUUCAGGUGAUGCGUGAGCGCCGCCAGGUACAUAAGGAGCGCGAGAUUGCAUGGGCUGCGGAGCUCCGGAGUCUGGAUGACGUAGCCAAGAAAUGGCUGCCGCUGGUAGUUGAAGGUGUGCUUCAGGAGAGGCUGCAGAAGGCGAGUUUGAGGAUCGCGUUUGCCCACGAAGGAGUGCAAGGAACUGUCAAUAGCCACAAGAUAGAAUAAAGAUCUGCUGCUAUGUUUACCACUGAUCAUGACAGUUAUUAUAUGGCUCG